AUGGCCCUGUUCGAUCGGAACCAGAGGCAGAGGUCGUCGUUCUACUCCACGGCGACCUUCGUCGUGUUCGUCGCGCUCUGCCUCCUCGGCCUGUGGAUGAUGUCCUCGCCCGAGACCGUCCCGGCGGCCAUUUCCCUGUCCUCGGAGAAGGCGGCCGUCAAGGCCGACGUCAAGGAGGAGGACAGCUCCAUCGACGCCACCAACACCGUCAAGCAGGACAGCGCCAACGUCGUCGCGGAGGCGGCCACGGCCGGUGCCGCCGCCGCCGCCGCCGAGGGCGCCGAGGAUGUCGACAUCCCCGGCAAGCCCGGUGACAGCGGAUCAGCAGAAGGCGACGGCGGGAAGGCGGCGUCGUUGUCCAAGGACCAGUCGUUCGACGACGAGAACGGCAGGACCGAGGGCGGGGAGCUCGUCAAGCCGGGCGGCGGCGAGACGGACGCCGCCGCGGGGCAGGACAAGGGCGCCAGUGAGGAGGCGGCGCUGGACAACGACGCGAAGGUAGAUACCGCCGGCAAGGAGCAGACGGCGAUCGACACCAAGGAUGCUGGCGGUCUGGAUCAGAGCGCCGCCGAGCAGACGGCCACGGACGCGAAGGCGAGCGCAGCAGAGCAGGCGGCGGCGACUGGCGUCGUCAAGGAGAGCACCGCCGAGGCAGGCAGCGGCUCGGCCAAGAAACUCACGUUCGAUGACGAGAACGGCAAGAUGGACGGCGUCGACCUUGUGAAGGACGACGGCAAUAAGACUCGCAUCUCGGAGGAGAGUGCCAAGGUCGAAGGCGCCGCGCUGACGGUGAAGCCGUCGGCCAAAGCAGCGACGGCGACGGCGACGGCCACCGACACUGACAAGCAGGAUGAGGCGUCGGCGGUCGCGGCCACUGACGACACCACCACCGCAUCCACUAUGACUUCCGAAGACGAGAAGAAACAGGACGGUGUCGAGCAGCAGCUGCCUGCAGCAGCGGAGGCGCAGCCGAACGUCCAGGCGGAGCUACUGACGGAGCGCGCGGCGCAGAACGGAUCGUUCACGACGCAGGCGGCGGAGUCCACCGAGGAGAAGAAGAAGCGCGCCGAGAAGAAGGGGAAGAAAGAAAAGAAGAAGGCGGCCGGCGCCGUCGCCACGGUGGCGUGGAAACUGUGCAACUCGAGCGCCGGCGCGGACUACAUCCCGUGCCUGGACAACGUGGCAGCCAUCAAGAAGCUCAAGACGGACAAGCACUACGAGCACCGGGAGCGGCACUGCCCCGAGGAGGCGCCGACGUGCCUGGUCCCGGCGCCGCCGGAGUACCGGGAGCCGAUCCGGUGGCCGCACAGCCGCGACAAGAUCUGGUACUACAACGUGCCGCACACCAAGCUGGCAGAGUACAAGGGGCACCAGAACUGGGUGAAGGUCUCCGGCGAGUACCUGACGUUCCCGGGCGGCGGCACGCAGUUCAAGCACGGCGCGCUGCACUACAUCGAGCUGAUCCAGAACUCCUUUCCCGAUGUGGCGUGGGGCAGGCGCAGCCGCGUGGACGACGAGCACGAGGCGCAGGUGCAAUUCGCGCUGGAGCGCGGCAUCCCGGCCAUCUCCGCCGUGAUGGGCACCCAGCGCCUCCUGUUCCCCGCCAACGUCUUCGACGUCGUGCACUGCGCGCGGUGCCGCGUGCCGUGGCACAUCGACGGCGGCAUGCUCCUCCUCGAGCUCAACCGCCUGCUCCGCCCCGGUGGCUUCUUCGUCUGGUCCGCCACGCCGGUGUACCAGAAGCUCCCGGAGGACGUGGAGAUCUGGGACGAAAUGGUGAAGCUGACCAAGGCGAUGUGCUGGGAUAUGGUGGCGAAGACCAGAGACACCGUCGACCUGGUCGGCCUCGUCAUCUUCCAGAAGCCGGUGAACAACGUCUGCUAUGACAAGAGGCCGGAGAAGGAGCCGGCGUUGUGCGAGCCCUCCGACGACCCCAACGCUGCAUGGAACAUAAAGUUCCGGGCGUGUAUGCACCGUGUUCCUGAGGACCAGUCAGUGCGUGGCGCCCGGUGGCCGGCGCUGUGGCCGGAGAGGCUACGGAAGGCGCCCUACUGGCUGGACCGCAGCCAGGUGGGCGUGUACGGCAAGCCGGCUCCCGACGACUUCGCGGCGGACCUGCAGCACUGGAGGAAGGUGGUCCGGAGCUCGUACCUCGCCGGCAUGGGCAUCGACUGGAAGACCAUCCGGAACGUCAUGGACAUGAGGGCCGUCUAUGGAGGGUUCGCGGCGGCGCUGCGGGAGAUGAAGGUGUGGGUCAUGAACGUGGUCACCAUCGACUCGCCGGACACGCUGCCGGUGAUCUACGAGCGCGGGCUGUUCGGGAUCUACCAUGACUGGUGCGAGUCCUUCAGCACCUACCUGAGGUCCUACGACCUCCUCCAUGCCGACCACCUCUUCUCCAAGCUCAAACCCAGGUGCAAGGUGUUUCCGGUGAUCGUGGAGGUGGACAGGAUCCUGAGGCCGAACGGCAAGCUCAUCGUGCGGGACGACAAGGAGACGGUGGACGAGAUCCAGGGCGUGGUGAGGUCGUUGCAGUGGGAGGUCAGGAUGACCGUCUCCAAGAACAAGGAGGCGAUGCUGUGCGCGAGGAAGACGACGUGGCGGCCCACGGAAAUCGAGACCAGAUGA